AUGUCGACGAUAUCAGACCUACGGACCCGAGAUCUGCACACUACUCUGUCUGAACGGCGAUAUAUCAAGAUUUCCACCGACUUUUCCAAGUCCCUGCAUGUCCUCCCGCUACUUUCCAAUGGCUACUCCUACCACAACUCCCAACAACAAGAACAUGAACUAGUACCACCGUUAUCGUUUGAAAAGCUUCUCGAUGCUCCCCUUUCCACUGUUUCCAACAUGAAUAUCCGCCCCGGAGAACGCCAUUUUCUUUUCUGGUUCUCCGUAUCGUCUAUUUUGCCCUUGAUCUCUGCGUGCUUAGGGCCCGUAGGCAAUAUGCUUUCGAUCGUGGGUCUUGCCGAGUCAUGGCGCCUCGAUACCACGACGUUAGAGCCGGUACCAGACCCAACUGCUGUGCAAGUCCUCAACUCGCUUAGUCUUGCGUUCGGGUUGAUAGGCAAUACUUCGUUGUUGGUGAACUUUUCCAACCCCAAAGCAUAUAUUAUUGCCCAGACAGUUUCGAUAACAUGCUGGGUGGUGGCAUCGCUCUUACUCGUGGUGGGUCUUGUGGUUCUCAAUGCCGUGUACAUGACUCCAGGUCACACGCGGUCGGAGGGCCACUGGUUUUCUGUGUUCACGGUGGCUCUCUACUUGAUGUGCACCUUCACGAUGUCACUCAACACCAUUGGCUAUCUCUUGGGAAAGUACCCGGCGCUCUUGAAUCUUAACAAGACGGAGAAGGCGUUGAUGCGGUACACGGUGGCACUAACGGUGUGGCUUGUCAUCGGCACCUGUUCUUGUCGUAGACUUAUUGAUGGGCUUGAGUAUGGAACUGCAUUAUACUAUUGCGUGGUGUCGGUAUUAACUAUAGGGCUAGGCGACAUCAUACCAUUGUCUUCAGGGGCCAAAGCGUUUAUUCUCAUAUUUUCGUUGGUGGGGGUCAUACUUAUUGGUUUGGUUAUUGCUAUGAUUCGUCAAGUGCUGCACAACACCAACAAUCCAGUUGUGCACUGGCACCAUAUGGAAGUGGAGCGGAAAAAGUGCUUGGAAUUGAUUGAAAAGAACCAUGUUAAACUCCAUGAAGGUGAUGGGUUCCGGAUAAUGCGUCGUAUCGAGCACAAGUGUCGGCUGCAACAAGAAGUUUCCAGUGUUAUCCUCAACUUGGGAGUUUUUGCUGCGUUAUGGCUUCUUGGGGCCGUGGUGUUCCGGUACGUGGAGGGCUGGCUGUACUUCAAUGCCGUAUACUUCUGUCUUCUUUGUUUGAUCACCAUUGGCUACGGAGACUUUGUUCCCGUGUCGGCGUUGGGACAUGCGUUCUUCGUGUGCUGGGCCAUCGCCGCCGUGCCGCUAAUGACAAUGCUUAUCUCAAACUUGGGUGAUACUCUCUUUGAUGCCUACAGCCUUGCACUGCUUUUUGGAACGAUUCGAAUGCAUGUACGGUAUUUAUUUUACGGUCCUCCCAACAAGUUCAAGGCCAAUUCCCACUCUCUCCACCCUGUCGAUUCUAUCAACCGAGAACUCGGUGAAGAAGUCCUCUCGACAGAUAGUACUACACCGUCUCCAGAACCGGCUCAUAGUGUCCAUCUACGCCCACAUCCACAUGGGCUUCGUGAGAAGCUUGAAACAAAGAUCAAGACGCAAAAAGAAGACUUGGUGCUGAUACUUGACUUUCUCAACCAGUUGAAACCUCUUCUUGAAGACACCCUUGACUCUCCUUCCAUUGAGUACAAGUUUGACGAAUGGAAGGCUUUGGUGCAUCUGUUACAGCGAGGUACUGAAGAAAGUCAACACGAUACCUACUACUGGCUUGGGGACGAAUCACCUUUGCGUUUACCAUUGAAAGAGCCAAAUUAUUUCAUCACCCGGAUCUUUUUCCGCAUAGAAAGUGAGCUACUUCGUUUGAUUCGAGAGCUGGACCAGGAACUCGAGGACUUAACUGCUAAGAAGCAGCAGCUCCCUCAAGGGCCUUUUGAGUAG